UCUUCCCGUUGAUUUGUACUGUACUACUGUAUCCAUAUGAACUCUGAAUUAUCCAUACUAUUUUAUCAAUGUAUUCAUGUUAGCGGCCGCGCGAUUUUGUAGUUGCUUAGAGUAAAUUUUUCAAUUAAAUAUUGUUAUCAGGUUAUCACAAAGUCUUAAUGAGAAAAAUAUAACGCUUCUACUUAUAAGUACGUAAGCUAGCUGUUAGUUAGUACGAGUAAGUAGGGACGUGAUCGUCGACUGUUAGUUGACUUGUGGGAAAAAAAGGAUUGCCGGUCGAUGUGUGCAAUCUUCGAAAAAACGAGACCUCCAAUUUCUUUUAAUUUAUAAUUAAGUCUUCGACAUUGUUCCAAUGAGCGUGAAGUAAUUUGUAUCUUGUUAAGUGUUGAUGCCCGAAUUAUUUUAUCUUAUAUCAAUAUUAAUUUUCACUGGAGGUUUUGAGUAUCUUUUUUUUCAACUGGGGUGAACAGUUACUCUUAACCUCGCUAAUCAUGGCAUCCAGUGCACCUCCAGCAACAGAAUUCAAGUUGCCUUUACCUCCAAAGGAACAAAUUAAAAUGAUAUUUCCAGCUGAUCAUGAGUUUGUUGAACCUAAGAAAGCAGUCAAAAGUCCAAAUGACAUGGCAGCCUGGCACAAAUCUGAAGCCUAUUUUGAGUACUUUGGUUUUGUAAUGGCCAUUAAUAAUGCUGUCAAAGGAAAGGCCACCGAUCCAAAUUGUCCAUGUUCAGAAACUGCAACAAAGAUUGUUGAUAUGCUAGACAAAUAUGAUAAGUGGAUCGACGAGAUUCCUCCUACAGAGCAACCACAACGUUUUGGAAAUAAAUCAUUUAGAGAGUGGCAUGAAAGGUUACACAGUGCUGCAGCCGAUGAACUAAAAAAAAUUUUACCCGAAAAUCUGUACAAAGCUAUACCAGAAAUCGUUCAUUAUUUACUAGAAAGUUUUGGAAAUGCAACACGUAUAGAUUACGGGACUGGACAUGAAAUGGCUUUUAUUAUGUUUUUAUGCUGUAUGUUUAAAAUAAGUGCUCUUGAAAUGAGCGAUAAAACAGCCAUAGGCACAAAAAUAUUCAGCAGAUAUCUCGAAGUUGUACGAAAGCUCCAGUUGACAUAUCGCAUGGAACCUGCUGGCAGUCAUGGCGUUUGGAGCUUAGAUGAUUAUCAGUUUGUGCCAUUCAUAUGGGGUAGUUCUCAGUUGUGUGGUCAUCCACGUAUUGAACCCGUACACUUUGUUGAUCAUGGGAUAGUUGAAGCAAACAGUAAAAAGUAUAUGUUUCUUGGAUGUAUUGAAUUUAUUUCCAAGGUAAAAACUGGCCCAUUUGCAGAGCACUCUAAUCAAUUGUGGAAUGUUAGUGCUGUAGCAUCGUGGUCCAAAGUUAAUAAGGGUUUAAUCGAAAUGUAUAAAGCCGAGGUAUUAGCCAAGUUUCCCGUGAUACAACAUGUUUUAUUUGGGUCGUUGUUAUCCAUCAAGCAAGCCCCAGACAGCGUAACUUUCAAAGCACCCAGGGCACCAAGUACACUAGAAUCUGCGGUCCCUGCCGGCGGGGGCGAGACGUGAUUGCCCCGCGGCAACUGUCCUGGUGCGAACAGCGGUGAUACCUUGGUAUAGGCGCCGAGGGCACCUGCUGAGCGGAUUCUCCCGCCCGCACACCCUCCUCCGGUAAAGGUCUCGCACUCUUCUGCUCCACCUCGUCGAUGGAUUGGAGGGAGCUCGCUGUCGUCUUCCUCACUUAUAGCUUCUACAGAAUA